CUAAACUUCACCAAAUAAUAGCUGUUUGUAUUUUGGCUGCUGCAGGAGCCAUUUUAGAAAUAUCUUCCUCAAUAGAUGAAAAUGAAAAUACAGAAGAAGGAGAAGCAGUUGUCAAAUUUAAAAGUUUUGAAUCACUCCCCAAUGUCUGAUGCCUCUGUCAAUUUUGACUACAAAUCUCCAUCCCCAUUUGACUGCAGCACUGAUCAAGAAGAGAAAAUUGAAGAUGUUGCUAGUCACUGUCUGCCCCAGAAGGACCUAUAUACUGCUGAAGAGGAAGCUGCUACCCUUUUUCCUAGGAAAAUGACAUCCCAUAAUGGGAUGGAGGACAGUGGAGGAGGAGGUACUGGAGUGAAGAAGAAACGGAAGAAAAAGGAGCCAGGAGACCAAGAGGGUGCAGCAAAGGGAAGCAAGGACAGAGAGCCCAAGCCAAAGAGGAAACGAGAACCGAAAGAGCCAAAGGAACCCAGGAAGGCCAAGGAGCCGAAGAAGGCCAAGGAGCACAAGGAGCCGAAGCAAAAAGAUGGGGUAAAGAAGACACGGAAGCCCCGGGAGGCCUCAGGCACCAAGGAGGCCAAAGAGAAGAGGAGCUGCGCUGACUCUGCAGCCAGGACGAAGUCCAGGAAGGCCAGCAAGGAGCAAGGACCAACCCCAGUGGAGAAAAAGAAGAAAGGAAAAAGGAAAAGUGAAACUACAGUGGAGAGUUUAGAGCUGGAUCAGGGCCUGACGAACCCAUCUCUGCGGAGUCCUGAGGAGUCCACUGAGUCUACAGACAGCCAGAAACGACGCUCUGGAAGGCAAGUAAAGCGCAGAAAAUACAAUGAGGACCUGGACUUCAAAGUGGUGGAUGAUGAUGGGGAAACAAUUGCUGUUCUUGGAGCUGGUCGAACGUCUGCACUCUCAGCUUCUACACUGGCCUGGCAGGCGGAGGAGCCUCCAGAAGAUGAUGCAAACAUCAUUGAGAAGAUCCUGGCAUCUAAGACUGUCCAGGAGGUUCACCCAGGAGAACCUCCAUUUGACUUGGAGCUGUUCUACGUUAAGUAUAGAAAUUUUUCCUACUUACAUUGUAAAUGGGCCACAAUGGAAGAGCUCGAAAAGGAUCCUCGCAUCGCACAGAAGAUCAAGCGAUUUAGGAAUAAACAAGCCCAGAUGAAGCACAUUUUUACGGAGCCUGAUGAAGACUUGUUCAAUCCAGACUAUGUAGAAGUUGAUCGCAUCUUGGAGGUGGCCCACACCAAGGAUGCAGAAACAGGGGAGGAGGUAACACAUUACCUGGUGAAGUGGUGCUCACUACCAUAUGAGGAAAGCACCUGGGAGCUAGAGGAAGAUGUGGAUCCUGCAAAAGUUAAAGAAUUUGAAUCUCUUCAAGUUCUCCCUGAAAUUAAGCAUGUGGAGCGGCCUGCUUCAGACUCCUGGCAGAAACUCAAGAAGUCUCGCGAGUAUAAGAACAGUAACCAGCUCCGGGAAUACCAGCUGGAGGGGAUGAACUGGCUUCUUUUUAACUGGUAUAACAGAAAAAACUGUAUUUUGGCUGAUGAGAUGGGCCUAGGGAAAACCAUCCAGUCCAUCACCUUCCUUUCAGAAAUAUUUCUACGAGGAAUCCACGGCCCUUUUCUCAUUAUUGCCCCUCUCUCCACCAUCACUAACUGGGAGCGGGAGUUCCGGACAUGGACAGAGAUGAAUGCCAUUGUGUACCAUGGCAGCCAGAUCAGCAGGCAGAUGAUCCAGCAAUAUGAAAUGGUGUACAGAGAUGCCCAGGGAAACCCCCUUUCAGGAGUCUUCAAGUUCCACAUCGUCAUCACAACGUUUGAGAUGAUCCUGGCAGACUGCCCAGAGUUGAAGAAGAUUCACUGUAGCUGUGUGAUAAUUGAUGAAGCCCACAGAUUAAAGAACAGGAACUGCAAACUUCUGGAGGGUCUAAAGCUUAUGGCCCUGGAACAUAAAGUGCUUCUCACUGGAACACCGUUGCAGAACUCCGUGGAGGAGCUCUUCAGUUUGCUAAAUUUUUUGGAGCCAUCACAGUUUCCUUCAGAGACCACUUUCUUGGAGGAAUUUGGAGAUUUGAAAACAGAGGAACAGGUAAAGAAACUGCAGUCUAUCCUAAAACCAAUGAUGCUUCGACAACUGAAAGAUGAUGUGGAAAAGAACCUUGCUCCCAAACAAGAGAUGAUCAUUGGGGUGGAACUAACCAAUAUCCAGAAAAAGUACUACCGUGCCAUCCUGGAGAAGAACUUUUCCUUCCUGACCAAGGGGGCAAAUCAGCACAACAUGCCCAAUCUCAUCAACACCAUGAUGGAGCUGAGGAAGUGCUGUAACCAUCCCUACCUGAUCAAUGGAGCAGAGGAGAAAAUUCUAGAAGAUUUCCAAAAAACCCACAGCCCUGAUGCCCCUGACUUUCAGCUGCAGGCCAUGAUUCAGGCAGCAGGGAAGCUUGUGCUGAUUGAUAAACUACUCCCUAAGCUGAUUGCAGGUGGCCACAAGGUACUCAUCUUCUCCCAGAUGGUGCGUUGCCUCGACAUCCUGGAAGAUUAUCUCAUCCAGAGAAGAUACACCUAUGAGCGAAUUGAUGGGCGAGUAUGGGGAAACGUGCGCCAGGCAGCCAUCGACCGGUUCUGUAAGCCAGAUUCCGACCGCUUUGUCUUUCUUCUGUGCACCAGAGCGGGAGGCCUGGGGAUCAAUCUCACAGCUGCUGAUACCUGCAUCAUAUUUGAUUCUGACUGGAACCCACAAAAUGACUUGCAGGCUCAGGCCCGAUGUCACCGCAUAGGCCAGAGCAAAGCCGUGAAGGUGUACCGCCUCAUCACUCGAAAUUCCUACGAACGUGAGAUGUUUGACAAGGCCAGCCUAAAGCUGGGUCUGGACAAGGCUGUUCUUCAGGACAUCAACCGAAAGGGCGGCACCAAUGGGGUACAGCAGCUCUCAAAAAUGGAGAGGGAGGACCUACUCUGGAAAGGUGCUUAUGGAGCCUUAAUGGACGAAGAAGAUGAAGGUUCCAAGUUCUGUGAGGAAGACAUAGACCAGAUUCUGCAGAGGAGAACGCACACCAUCACCAUCCAGUCUGAGGGGAAAGGGUCCACUUUUGCCAAGGCUAGCUUUGUGGCUUCAGGAAACAGAACAGAUAUUUCUUUAGAUGAUCCUAACUUUUGGCAGAAAUGGGCUAAAAUAACUGAACUGGACACUGAAGCAAACAAUGAAAAGGAAAGCUUAGUGAUCGACCGACCUCGCGUGAGAAAGCAGACCAAACACUACAACUCGUUUGAGGAAGACGAGCUCAUGGAGUUUUUCAGAGUUAGACAGCGACUCAGAUGAAAGGCUUACGAGAUCCAGGCACCUCAAUGACAAAGCCAGACGCUGCCUCCGAGCGGAGUGCUUCCGGGUAGAGAAGAACCUGCUCAUCUUUGGCUGGGGCCGGUGGAAGGACAUCCUGACUCAUGGCCGAUUCAAAUGGCAUCUGAACGAGAAGGACAUGGAGAUGAUUUGCCAUGCCCUCCUGGUGUACUGUGUCAAGCAUUAUAAGGGGGGCGAGAAGAUCAAGAGUUUCAUUUGGGAACUGAUCACACCUACCAAAGACGGGCAAGCCCAGACCCUUCCAGAACCACUCAGGCUUGUCUCCCCCAGUCCCUAGAGGGAGGAAGGGGAAGAAGACGAAGAACCAGCUGCUAAUCCCAGAGCUAAAGGAUGCAGAUUGGCUGGCCACCUGCAACCCCGAGGUGGUCUUGCAUGAUGACGGCUAUAAGAAACAUCUCAAACAGCACUGCAACAAAGUACUUUUGCAAGUCCGGAUGCUGUACUACCUGAAAGGUGAAAUACUGGGAGAAGCAGCUGAGAAAGAAUUUGAAGGAACUCCUGCCUGGGAGCUGGAUGUGCCUCUGCCCGACAUCGACUACAUGGAGAUCCCAGUGGAUUGGUGGGAUGCUGAAGCCGAUAAGUCCCUUCUCAUUGGCGUGUUCAAGCAUGGUUAUGAAAGGUACAAAGCCAUGCGAGCAGACCCAGCACUUUGCUUCCUGGAGAAAGUUGGGAUGCCCGAUGAGAAGUCCCUUUCUGCAGAACAGGGUGUUACGGAUGGGACUUCAGACAUUCCUGAAAGAGGCAACACAGACAAAGAAGACAAUGCUGAGGACAAACUAGAUGGCCUCCAGAAACAAACGGUAAGUCAAAUGUGCAGUGUUGGUUGU